AUGGGCGCUUCUCUUCCUUCAUCAAUGCCACAUAUUGUGGCUUUUCUAUUUGCUCUGAUCAUCUCUUUUUUGGCCUUUUCUCAUGCAGGCGUCACCAGGCACUAUAAAUUUGAUAUAACGUUGAAAAAUGUCACCCGGUUGUGCCACAGUAAGAGCAUUGUGACGGUUAAUGGCCGAUUCCCAGGGCCUCGCAUCGUCGCUAGAGAGGGAGAUAGGGUUCUGAUUAAGGUCGUCAACCACGUUCCAAACAACAUCACCAUCCAUUGGCAUGGCAUUAGACAACUACAAAGUGGAUGGGCAGACGGGCCAUCCUAUAUAACACAAUGUCCAAUUCAAACUGGUCAGAGCUAUGUGUACAACUUCACCAUUAUUGGCCAAAGAGGAACUCUUUGGUGGCACGCUCACAUCUCAUGGUUAAGAGCUACUGUUUAUGGACCUUUUGUUAUCCUUCCCAGGAGGAAUGAAUCCUACCCUUUUCUCAAACCCCACAAAGAAGUUCCCAUCAUUUUUGGUGAGUGGUGGAAUGCGGAUACAGAAGCUGUUAUCAAGCAGGCCCUUCAGACAGGAGCGGGCCCAAAUGUAUCUGAUGCCUACACAAUCAAUGGACUUCCGGGGCCAUUGUACAAUUGUUCACAAAAGGAGACAUUUAAACUAAAGGUGAAGCCAGGAAAGACCUAUCUCCUCCGUUUGAUCAACGCUGCACUCAACGACGACCUCUUCUUCAGCAUCGCAAACCACACCCUAACCGUCGUCGAAGCCGACGCAGUUUACGUCAAGCCUUUUCAGUCCAACAUUGUGCUCAUCAAUCCGGGACAGACCACCAACGUAGUCUUAAAAACCAAAAAACACUCACCAAACGCCUCUUUCUUCAUGUUAGCCAGACCAUACUCCACAGCCGCCUCCGGAACCUUCGCCAACACCACCGUCGCCGGGGUUCUCGAGUACGAAAAUCCCGCAAUAAAAUCUUCCAAAAACCUUCCAAUUCUCAGACUAAGUCUCCCACAAAUCAACGACACUUCCUUCGCCUCAAACUUCAGUAACAAGUUCCGGAGUUUGGCCACCGCUAAGUUCCCCGCAAACGUGCCUCAGACAGUUCAAAAGCACUUCUUCUUCACAGUCGGCCUCGGUACCAAUCCUUGCCCUAAAAACCAGACAUGUCAAGGACCAACAAACAGCUCAAAGUUUGCAGCUUCCGUCAACAACGUUUCCUUCAUUAUGCCCUCCGUUGCACUUCUCCAAACUCAUUUUUUUAAGAAAUCAAACGGGGUUUUCACCACCGAUUUUCCGAGCUUUCCGCUCGUUCAGUUCAACUACACCGGGACGCCGCCGAACAACACGAACGUGAGCAAUGGCACAAAAGUGGUGGUGUUGAAGUACAACACUAGUGUGGAGUUGGUUUUUCAGGACACUGGUAUUCUUGGUGCUGAGAGUCACCCUCUUCAUUUGCAUGGCUUCAACUUCUUUGUUGUGGGACAAGGUUUUGGAAACUUUGAUCCUAACAAAGACCCCGCUAAGUUCAAUCUCGUCGACCCUGUUGAGAGGAACACUAUUGGUGUGCCCUCCGGUGGUUGGGCGGCCAUUCGGUUCCUCGCAGACAACCCUGGUGUUUGGUUUAUGCAUUGCCACUUUGAUGUGCAUUUGAGCUGGGGUCUAAGGAUGGCGUGGAUUGUCCAAGAUGGGAAGCUCCCUAAUCAGAAGCUGCCUCCUCCACCGUCGGAUCUUCCCAAGUGUUGACGUUUGACUCGGUCAACGAAGGACCUUUUUUUUUCCUUUCCUUUCUAACUUAUUCACGUGUUGUUUGGUUGCAACUUUUUCCGUGAUUUUGUUUUCCCUUUGCUUCCACAAUAUAUUACAGAGACUGCACGUGGAAUUGAUCGGCGAAAUCUUUUUCCAGAGUGCUCCAAUUUAAUUGUAAUUGGAGGGAAUAAAAUGUUAUCUGAGGAGAUUGUGUUAUAUAGCCGGCAUGAAUAACAGAAAGAUGUUUUAAUUUGAUAAUAAAAUAAUAAGAAGAAAUUCAA